UUUAGAACGUCAUGGUCAAUAUCAUAAUGGGAAAAAACUUCAAGAAAACUUUUCCUUGGCUCAUUUUCAUCACAAUUCUUUGUAUUUGUCUAAAAGUUGGCAAAUGGAAACAGAACACAUAUGUUGUGAAGUCGUUCCAUGAAACGUGUAAGAGCAGCAAUUCAAGCAGUAUAAAAAUUCAAGUCAAAUCAAAUCACCAAAAUAAACGUUUUAUCUACUUAAUACAAACAGAGUCUUGUUUACUGGACAAUCUUCUUAACCCACAAAUGUUUGGACAUAAAGCAGAGCAUGAUGUCCUUGUGCUGUCUUGGAAAAGCAUGUGUUCUGCAACUCAAUUCUCCACACCUAGUUACAACAUUAGCUACAUUUUUAGGCCUGGUACAACUUGGAGUUCUGGAAGGAACAUUCUGUACGAGUUGGCAAUGAAUUCUUCACAAUCCUACCUCUAUUAUAUUUUCUUGGAUGGAGAUUUAUCAUACCAUUUCUCAAAUUCCGAUUUUGAAAAGACGUAUCGUCAGUGUAAUACGUCAUUGGAAAUGUUUGAGUAUUUUCUUUUGAAAUACGAGCCUGCAAUUGGAGUGCCUUUUUACUGCCCACGUCCAACAAUACAAGGCCAGCCGUUAUGUUAUUAUGAUUAUAAAAUUUUUCCUUUCCGUGAAGUAAUACCUGUUUCAAUUUAUUUCGACGCUGCUUUUAAUGCUUUUCACAAGGACGCCAUAAAAUCCAUACUUCCUAUCGUAAUAUACGAAAAGGAGAGUUGGUGGGAAAGUCAAAAAUUUGUGAUUCUUGCCGCUGAUAUAAUAUUUCGUGGACAAAUACUGACAAUUCUUCCAGUUGCUACUGCAAAUAUAAUGCACAGGAAAUACCCCAGAGACAGUAGAGAUAAUUGGAACGACAUUUAUGACAUGUUGCUAAAGGAAACGCCAAAAGAAUAUCGUAUAAUUAAGGAAUUCAAGCCUUCAUAUACAACUGUGAGCACUGACCCUGUUGUAAGAAAUGACACCGUCUAUACGCCAUAUAUGCACGUGGAAAUUCCUCAAGGACGAAUUAAUGUUGAACCGUACAAACGAUUUAAACAUUGA